AUGGCUUCAAUAAAUUGUUUCAUUGGCCCCGAAGAGCUAGAGGAUGUUAAUCAUGCUCGAUGCUUGUUAAAAGAGUUGAAAAUUUUCUAUGAUUCACAACAACUGGUGGAUGUUACAAUUGAAGUGGAGCCAUAUCGUGCGUCGCCGGAUCUCGACGCCUGUGCCUCUUCAGUUAUUACUGGAAAAGUUUUCCAGUGCAACCGUAACAUCUUAGCUGCAGCUAGCCCCUACUUUAAAAGCAUGUUUACUGGAGGACUUUAUGAGAGCACACAAAAGAAAAUAACAAUACAUGACGUUGAUGCUGAUUCAAUGGCUGUAAUAAUCGAUUACUGUUAUACUGGUAAAGUGACAAUCACAGAGGGUAAUGUGCAACGACUUUACGCAGCUGCUAACAUGCUGCAGUUGGAAUACAUCAGACAUGCGUGUGCUAAUUUUAUGACGAGAAGACUGGACAUUUCGAAUUGUACAGAGAUCUUGAAAUUUGCUGACACUUUUGACAAUCUUGACCUUAAAAGCAAGGCUCAAACGUUCAUAGCAAGGAACUUUGCCCAGCUUAGUUCUACUGGAAGAGAACUUUGUGAAUUGGAUGUAAAACAAAUAAAGGAGAUCCUUACUUUGGAUUCUUUGGACGUUGACUGUGAAAGAAAAGUAUGUUCCGUUGCAGUACAGUGGAUUGAAACUAAUUUGCCUCGGGAAACAGAGGAUGCUUAUCAAGUACUUAAAUGUGUUCGUUGGAAGCUUUUCACAGAGAAAGACAAAAUUUACUUGGAUAGCCUCAAGGCAAAGCCUCUGAUAAACAAGUAUCUUUCUGCUUUCUUAGACGUGACUGAAAAUGGGGAAGGUAGUGUGAUUAGUCAUGGUGUUGGAGUUACCAAACAAAGAAUUGGUAAGAGUGCAAAAGAAAUGGUCCUCUUCUUUGGUCGUCCAAAUGAACCAUUCAUGUGUUAUGAUCCAUACACGGAGGAGAUAUACUCAAUGGCAUCACCUCUCAUUAAUCUGACCAAUCAGAACUUUAAACGGUCUCCCAUGGAGACCUUUUUAGUCUGUGCCACACCAGAGAACAACUUGUAUCUGGCCUCACACCUGUCAAAGCAUUUCUGGGUGUACAAUCCAUUUUUGAACUGCUGGCAGGAGCUAGCAGAGAGACUGCUUGGCAGGAUGCAUUCCUACAUAGGCUACCUCAGUGGUCACCUCUACAUUCUUGGUGGCAGGGACCCAGUCUCAGAUGCCAGGCUAAAAGAGGUUGAAUGUUACAGUAUUCAGAGGAACCAGUGGACGUUGGUUGCGCCACUGCCUCACUCCUUGGGGAAGAUGCAGGUUGUGACGGUGAAUGACCGACUCUAUGUAGUCAACAAGAGGAGGAUGCUCUGCUACGAGCCCAAGAAGAACCACUGGCUCCAACGUGGCUCCCUAAAACGGAACAAACUCCACAAGGCCUGUGUCUUCCAGGAGCAGAUCAUCUGCCUGUGUGACAUCCCAGUUGUGAAAGCUUACAACCCAGCACGAGGGGAGUGGAGGAGGAUUGGGGACAUUCCUAUUGAUAGUAGUGCCCUCAACUACCAAGUAGUGCAUCACAACAACAAACUUCUUCUCAUAACUCUUGCCAUAGUCCAUCACAACAAAAACAGACUGGUCAUACAUGAGUACGACCCCAUUCGGGACGCGUGGAAAAACGUGGUCACUAUGUUUGGGUCCGCGUUUGGCUCCAUCAGCCUCUCUGCCCGUGUGUACACUGCAUGCCUGAGCUCUGGACAGAACUUCAUCUCGGAGGAAGAUGAUGACAGUGGCUCCAGUGCAGACUGGGACUUUGACGGACUGACUGAUGCCGAUUCUGAUUCUGGUAGCUCAAGCUCAUUUUCAGAUGAGAAUUGGUAG